AUAAGGGGUGGUUAAAUCGAAUGACAAUAGCCGUAGUGUCAUGGUGAGGUUAUUCUAGGUCUAAAGUACACGGCCAGCCACAGUUAAAUAUGUUAUAGGAUGAGGGUUAAAUGUAAGAAAAAGACAAUUAUUGUAAUAUUUAUGACUAACUGUGUGCUAAUUCUUCCCUGUUCACUGUCACUCAAAAGGGAACUGGCUGCCACUCUCUGCCAUCUCCACAGAGGAUUAUAAUUUUCACUUUGUCUGAGAUGGCAACAAAACUGCUAACAUAUCAUGAAAAGGGGAAAUGAAAGAGAAGCACUUCUUCAAUUGACAUGCUACUUCUGUCCUAGAGCGUUGUUGUGAGAACCAGUCAUUUCGCUGCUUUUGUUUAACUUCAGCAACAGGGGGAUUUUUCUUUUUAAUGUAUGUUAUAUAUUAGUAAGUUAAGUUAUCUUAACUUGUGGUGAUUUCAUGACACGCAAGACAGGCACAGAUAGGUCAUUUUCACCUUUUUCCUGAAAGACUGCAAGGUGCCAGAAAGUCACUUGUUUUUCAAAUUUCUCUUUCGAGGAUCAUAAGGAAUCAAUACGGUGCAUGCACAAUGGCCGCCACAUGUUGGAUGCACUUGCUGCUGCUCUGUCUGUGUUGCCAUUACGAGAUCCAGCCUGCUGCGUGUAAACCUGCGUGGAUGUCAUCGCAGUUCCCUUGUGAUGUCACACCCUACAAUACAUCCGAGGUCUUUUUUGACUGUAGAGGGCGUCGUCUAGAUGAAGUACCUUUUGGAAUAACCAGUAACGCGACUGAGCUCGACUUAUCGGAAAAUCACAUUAAGAAUAUUUCGGUCGAUUCGUUUUCCAACCUGCUGAAUCUGACUCAACUCAAUCUCAGCUGGGCAAACAAGAACAAAAGGCUGUACAUUGCUGCGAAUGCUUUCAAAAAUCUGACAAAACUGCACAGACUGAAGCUGACUGGCAACUGUCUGAAUGAAAUUCCCAGCAAUCUCCCUCCCAGCGUGGAAAUCCUCGACCUGAGCAGUAACAAGAUCACGCUGUUGGAUAACAGGAGCUUUGCUGGCUUAUCAAACGUGACAAAUUUAUUCUUAUCCAGAAACUGCUACUUCUGGAAUCCUUGUGGGAAAUAUUUUACAAUUACGGAAGACAGUUUCGCAGUCAUGAGCAAACUGCAGGCUCUGGACUUGUCCUUUAACAACAUAACUCAAGUUCCCAAAAGAUUGCCCCAAUCAUUAAGCACAUUAAAGCUGGGUUCUAACAAAAUACAAUACAUAUAUGAAGAUGAUUUUCUUGGGCUGUCAAAUUUAACAGUCCUACAUAUACAAGGGAACUGUCCAAGAUGUCAAAAUGCUCCAUAUCCCUGUGUUCCUUGCCAAAACGAUUCUCUUGGUAUCCAUCCUAAUGCAUUUCACGGUCUAACACAGCUCGAGUUACUGAACCUGGGAGGAAACUCACUGGACCAUGUGAACCCCUCCUGGUUUGAGAGGCUGAACAAGCUUAAACAAUUGUUCCUGGCGUUUAACUUCUUAUUAAAAGCAAUUACCGAGGAGGCAACAUUUCUAAAUUAUCUCCCAAAGUUAGAAAGAGUUGACCUCUCUUUCAACUUCGCUCUCAAGUUGUACCCCACGACAAUAAAUCUCUCCAAAGAGUUUUCAAAUCUCACGUCGCUCAGAACAUUGCACAUACAGGGUUUAGUCUUCCAGAAUAUUGGACCGGGCACGCUCAGUCCGCUGUACGAGCUCAAAAAUCUGUCCUCGCUCAAUUUAGGGACUAACUUCAUUAUUCACUCUGAUUCCAAAAUAUUCAGAAAAUUCCUCCACCUGAAAAUGAUCUACCUCGCAGAAAACAGGCUGUAUCCCAUUUCAGUGGAAAAUCCUCCGGUUCCAAGGGAUGGAUACAAUCAGAGGUCGGACCUUUCUAUUUCACCGCCCCGAAGACCCUACCCGAAAGAUUUCACUUACGAGCUAUCACAAGGCCUCAUCAAGCAAGAGUGCUUUGAAUCUGGACGAGUGCUAAUCCUCAGCUCAAAUAAUCUGUUCUUCAUUUCUCCGGAGCAAUUCGAGGGCUAUGGAAACAUUGCAUGUCUCAACCUCUCAGGAAAUGGAUUUUCAUCGGCACUUAACGGAACUGAGUUCUCCUUGCUGCCUAAUCUGACAUACCUGGACCUGUCGUUCAAUAAGAUUGAUCUGGCCUAUGACAACGCCUUCAAUGAACUAAAGAAACUGCAAGUGCUAGAUCUCAGUAACAAUGAUCACUACUUUAAAGCGUAUGGGGUGACGCAUAAUUUAAAUUUUACAAAAAAUCUGCCUGCUCUGAGGGUGCUGAACAUGAGCCAUAACGCCAUCUCCACAUUAACGACAAAACAGAUGUGCAGCAAAUCAUUAGCAGAACUUCAGUUUACGAAUAAUCUUCUCGGGACUCUUUGGAAAGAAAGGGAUGGCUCUUAUAAGAGGCUUUUUACUAAUCUGACUAAUUUGACGAUUUUAGAUAUAUCCCACAACAACAUUGGAAAGAUUCCUGAUGAUGUUUAUGGAUAUUUGCCUCGUAACCUCACCAUACUACGCAUAGGUCACAACUCGCUUACUGAUUUUAAAUGGGACAAACUCAAAUGUUUCAAUCAGCUUCAAAUUUUAGACUUGAGCUUCAAUUCUUUAUCUAAUGUGACGGUUAUAACCUCAAACGUCACUUUGACUUUCCUCGACCUGAGUCAUAAUCACAUUUUCCACUUGGACAAUGGGUUUCUGAAGGGUGCAAAAAGCCUCAUGACUCUUAGCCUUAGCUACAACAAACUGACUAUCAUCAAUCAAUCCACCUUCCAAUCCAGACCGGACUCUCAGCUCCAGACUUUGUUCUUGUGGAGAAACCCGUUCCAAUGCACCUGUGAUUCAUUAGAUUUCAUUCUGUGGAUUGAAAACAGUUAUUUAAAGAUCCCUAGGCUGACCACCGAGGUGACGUGUGACACACCAGCAAACAAGAAGGGUAAAGCUCUGAUUAACUUUGACAUUAACCAGUGUGUAAAUGACAGUGAGGCCUUCUUGAUCUACAUUCUCACAAAUUCAUUCAUUACUGUUUUUAUGUUUGUGGCAACAGUCGCUCACUUAUUUUACUGGGAUGCUUCCUACGUCCUUCACUAUAUGAAAGCAAAGCUGAAAGGAUACAGAUCAUUGAACUCACUAGAAGGUGUUUAUGAUGUCUUUGUGACUUACGACACCAGAGAUCCACAUGUCUCUGAGUGGGUGAUGAGGAAUCUGCGAGUGAAACUGGAGGAUGAAGGAGAGAAGCAUCUUCCUCUGUGUCUGGAGGAGAGGGAUUGGCUGCCUGGAGUCCCACUGGUGGAUAACCUCACUCACAGCAUCCGGUACAGUCGCAAGACCCUGUUCGUCUUAACAGAGGGCUACGUUAAGACCGGGGUUUUCAAGCUGGCGAUGUAUCUGGCCCACCAAAGGCUGCUUGAUGAAAACGUGGACGUGAUCGUGCUGCUGAUGUUGGAGCCCGUCCUUCAGAACUCUCACUUCCUGCGCCUGAGGAGGAGGCUGUGUGGGAAAAGUGUCGUGGAGUGGCCGAGGACAGCUGCCGCAGAGCCCUGGUUUUGGCAAAACCUGAGGAAUGUGGUGAGAGUGGACAACCAGGUGCUGUACAGCAAGACUUAUUCAACGUACUUCAACAGCAAGUGAAACAAUUAAUGACAUGUGGACAACAAUAUUUGGAGCAUGUUUUAAAAUGAUUGUUCUAUAUCAACACUGAUGCGGUGAUUCACGACUUUUAUCACUCUGCCUAGGGCUUAACUGAAGACAAAUAAAGACAAUAAUUCAAUUUUUUUUAUUUACAAUGAUACUGAAUGUCUUGUUAUCUGUUUACAAAUAUUACAAUAUACUGUAUAAAUAAAGUUAAUCCAUUUAAAAUCUGUACAAUAUGUAGUUGUAGUGUUAGUCCAGUUGUGUAAAUGUUUCAGUCUGUUAUCUGAUCUUUACAGCUGAAGUCGGUAACUUUGAGCAAACAUGAUAAAAAGUUAUUUUUAUAAAUCUGUCGCUGUAUCCUGACCAGUAGUGCAUGAGACAGAUAACCUGAAAAAAUCAUGUUCCUCUGUGUCCUCCUGUACUCCUAAUGGAUUUGCAAAAUUUCACAGACCGGAGGAAAACAACCAAUCAGAGCCGAGCAGUCUCUAACGCAGCUGUCAAUCACUGCUCGCGAAACUCGCAAACUACGAUCAAAAUGUCAACCUAGGCAGCGUUGAUCAAAUAUGAAUCAAGAGUCUGUAAAUGUAAUGCCUAUUUCUUGCCUCAAAUAUUUUCUGAAACAUGUUGUAGUGCACUGUUUGGCUUAAGAUUAUAAAGUGUGCUCCGGCCGAUGGGCGGUGCUUGGUUUUGGCUCGACUGUUUUCAACAUGGCAACCGGGUCACAAACUUUCUCAUUUUGCAGCUAAACAGUAUACACAAACUAGUAGGAGCAAUAGGAUGAAGCAGAGGAACAUGAUGUUUUUUUCACAGAUUAUCUUUCUCAUGCACUACUGUCAGGAUAUAGUGACGCAUCCCUAAAAAUAACUUUUUAUCAUAUUGCUCAAACUUCCCGACUGCAGCUUUAAGGACACAAAAGGGCAAUUUGUUGUAAAAAAUGCAUUCUCUUUGAUUUCACGUGGUUAUUGCUAAUUCAUUUAAACUAAAUUGUUAGAGAAUCUAAACAAAAACCUGUCGAGAUUUGCACAACCAAAACUCUCGGCAAUAAAUUCUGAAUCUACACUGGACGUUUGUCUGCUAGAGUUAUACUCUUACCUGCAGCUCCCCAUCUAUCUACACUUCAUUGUUGUUACAUGUAUAAAUACAAGAUGUUAAAAUUAUAAUUUUUCAAUGUAAUAAAAUAGAAUAUGGACUAUAUUCUCUGUGAAAUGUAUUGUAAGAUUUGAAUAUGAUCAAUAAUAAUAAUAAAAAUAUAUCUAAACUUCAUUGCUGUUACAUGUAUAAUACAAGAUGUUAAAAUGAUCAUUUUUCAAGGUAAUUAAAUUGAAUAUGGGUUAUAUUCUUAGUGAAAUGUAUUGUAAGACAUGAAUAUGAUCAACAAUAA